AUUCAGUUCAUCAGCUCAGGCACCUCAACCAGUUCAGUCAUCUAUUGUCUUCUCUGCAGACACUGGGAACCAAGAUGAGUGGCAAGGUUCUUCUGAUCAGUGUUGUCCUGGUGGGGCUCCUUUCUCUGAGCUCAUGCAGGAGCCUGGGAGAGUUGUCCGAACAUAAGACCUACUCUUCUACUCCUCAGUAUGGUGGCUCCCCAUCUCCAGCAUAUGGAUCAGGUGGUGCAACACCAACCCCAACUUACGGCACAACACCUACACCAUCUUAUGGCACAACACCGACACCAUCUUAUGGCACUACACCAAGCACCCCCAGCACACCUUCACAUGAUGCCCCUCCGACAAAGCAUGAUUUCUGUGGAUCCUGCGAUUACUGGAAAAGCCACCCAGAUGUUAUCAUCGCAGCUAUUGGGUCCCUUGGCGACAUUGGCAAGACACUCGGUGAUGCUUGUAAUUUGAUUGUUGGCAAGAAGCUAGAAAAUCUUCAUGAUGCACUGUCAAACACUAGAUCUGAUGGUACUGGUGCGCUGCUUCGUGAGGGAGCAGCUGCAUACCUCAACUCCAUUGUGAACAACAAAUUUCCUUUUAGCACCCAACAGGUCAAGGAUUGCAUCGUUGUGGCCAUGACCUCUGAUGGCGCUGCUUCUUCCCAGGCUGAGAUCUUCAAGAAGGCAAACGAUUACCACUACAAGUUUUAGUUCAAGUCUUCAAGAGUUUUCUUGGCUAAAUUGUUUGUCCCUAUGUGUUUUCCUUGAUUGAUAUUAUCUUGCUGUGUGAUGAAUCUAUUGUAUUCUAUUGGUUUGCCAUGUAAUAUCGCCAUCUAAGAUAGUUGAUUUUUAUAAAUCCAUCACAAAUGGCACUGCAAA